AUGAGCCAUCCGACCUCUCCGUCGCUGCCCAUAGCUUGCAGGUUCGUACCCACUGAUCAGUGGCUGGUCACGCACUUGCAGCCAUCAUGGUCGAUUGGCCAGGUGAAACAGUGCUUGCUCGCCAAGUUCCUUUCACCCACCACCUCAGUUAUCCCUUCUGCUAUAAGUCGCAAACCUCGUCCAAUUUCUCCCAUCACUUUUGGAACGGACGCCAACGGCUCUAACGGCUCUGAGACUGACUCUGAGCUCGAGUUCGACGCGCAGUACCUCAAAUUCAAAUAUACGCCAGGCCCAUCUGUACCUGCGUCCACGGCUGGAGCUUCGUCCUCUUCUCAUAACCAACCUUCUACUACUAUUCCUGAGCGGUAUUCUCUUAUCGCGUUCUCUACCAGCCAACUUCUCGAGGAUCACUUUCACCUGUCGUGGUAUGGGUUCCGUUCGUACGAGCUCCUCGAGCUACAUGCAGGGCCCGGUCUCGUAUCCCUUCCGCGUGGUGUACUGGGCGACUAUGUCCAUCCAUACUUCGAGGCGCGCGUGUGGGCUCUCCGCGUUGCCCCUGCGACACCUGGAGACGUUCUGCGAAAGCACCGAACGAAGCGCAAGGAGGAUGACCAGGGCGAGGAAGCGAAAGAUUCGCAGAGGGAGAGAGGCAGGCGUAGGAAGAUGGAAUGGCGCGUGCGAUGGCUUGUCAUCCACCAGGGCGUCUUUAAGCUCUACAAUCACCGUAAUGAUCCCUCGCCAGCGCAUAGCUCAUCUAUGAGCGCGCUGCUAGCUCUACGCGGGGCCGAGCACUUGCAGCUCCACAUGUUCCGGCGCACGCUCUCACCUCAACGCCCGACCUCUCCGCCUUCCUCUGCCACUCCCAUGCCAAUUCCAAUGGCGAGUCCGUCGCGCAGCAUGGCACGUACGCCUCUCGUCUCACCAGCGCUACAGGCGCGCUCGCACAUACAGCAACAUCCCAGCUCACCGGUAGAGGAGAGCGAUCUCGAAGGCGACACGCACGGGCAUUCGCGCAUCGUGUGCGCCAAAUUUCGGGUGUAUCCACCCUCUCAAGCUCAUGAGAUUCAGUCCCGAGCAGGCGUCGGUGCAUUAUCAAGUACGGCAACUGAAGAGCACAGAGAGCGCAGGAGCCUCGAUGGGGGCGGUUGGUGGCGCCGCGGAUCGAAAGAUGAGCUGGCCCACAUAGGUAGCAAUGCAGGUAUCAUGCAUGAAGGUCUCGAAGACGAUGCAAAGGUAGAGGAUGAAGCUGUUUGGGUGAUUAUGGAUAUGUUGACGGAUGAAGCGUUUACCAACGUUCUGAGAGUUCUACAUAGGGAUGCCCCUCGCACGUGUGUUUCCUCGUUCUUUUCCCCAGAUCGUUCUCCCUUGUCUCCUCAAUCCCAUCCAGUUGAGGGGUACAGGUUCCCUGACACAUCGCAUGCGUCGCCGUCCUCCCGGGCAGCGAACUCCCUCCAUACAAGUCCACAAGAGACCCAUAGGCAUGCCCCAACCACCAGCACAGGGACGUCAUUGAAGGCUCCUUGUCCAUAUCCAGAAUGGCGUCUCGCCGUUGCCACUCGCGCACGGCGUGCCGGCCUUGGCGAGGUUGGACGUGCAACAGAGGCUUGGCUGCUUGGCUCGGAAGCGACUGAUUAUAUUCAAGACAAGACACGAGCUCGACGUGUCACAAGAGAGGAAAGCAGCGACAGCGAACCUGAUGACGACGGUGGACGUGAGGAUAAAUCUGAGGGGUCUAACGUUGGCGACACUGAUCCAAUGAGCCCGGACUCUGAUGCGGACGACCCUAUUUGGACAGGCGCACACCCCCACUACCUUGCGGGUGACUUCAGUGGUGACGAGAGCUCAGAUGAAGAGUCCAACGAAAGCGAUAGUAACUCUGAGCGGGAAUGGGAAUCCUGGGCAGACGAUCUGCCAAGGCAGUGGCAGUGCACGCGACAGGCACGUCCGAGAAAACCCAGCGCCCCGGAAAACCGGGUGUCAGUCGUCUCGUCUGCGUGGGCGGGCACAUCUGACAAUCCCAGGACGCGACGCGAUGUCGAUAGUAGCCCAAGAUCAGGUUCGCCUCCUCCUGCGCUGGCAACCUUCUCAUCUAUGGAAUCCUUGCUGUGGCAUACUUCGCGGAGUCCGCCCGUGCGUGCGCGUCCGCAGACACCACCUGCGGAUGAGGAAGCUCUGUCGUCUUCUCUUCCCAUUCCAAUAUCACGUCCGCGUUCGCCACUGUCUUCACUAUUGGAUGACGGGCCGCCUUUCAGCUCGUAUAUGCCACAGUCGUAUGAAGAUCCAGGAGCCCGUGCAAGUUCAUACGAGUCCGGGGCCAAGGGCGCGAAGGUCGUGGUCCCAAUGCACAUGGCAAUGACCACCAUCACGUCCACUGUUAGUGUCGGUGAGACCGGUGAGCGCAAGAGUCGAUGGAAGACCAAGAGAAAGGAGAAGGUCAAGGAUAAGCCGGCGAAGAAGCUGAUAAAGGAGAGGGGGGAGAAGGAGAAGGGUGAACCAACUCAGACGAGUCAUGCGCUCCCCAACGCGUUCCUUCGGCCCUCUAAGCUGAAGGUGUCUACGGAACUUGGUCCCGGACUGUCGUCUACCCCGGUGUCGUCGGGGAAUACUCUUGCUCCGCCGCCUGAUCCCGUCUCGGCGGUGAGCAUGAGCAGCAUUGAUAGCUUGCGGUUUGUGACGCCAGAGUGGAGUGAUUGA